CCCACGGGGCCCACCAGGGCAGCGCUUCCCUGCCCUAGCUCCUCCCCGCGCUUCCCGCCCCUGCCCCCCGGCAAACCGCACGCCGCAAUGGACGAAGAAGCGACGACGGGCGGCUCGCGCGCCGCCGAGACCUUCGAUCCGGAACUGAUCCACGCCAUCUUCAAGCUGGUGUGGAGCCGGCGGGGCGAGAGGGGCAGCGGUGACGGCAACGAGGUCGUCGACGUUGAGAUUGGCAGCCUGCUCCGGAUACCUCGAGAAGAAAUCGAAGUACAACUGCCAAUGCAAGUGCACUUAAAGUCAGCUGUGAAUUUCUACGGAUAUUUGUUACAGAGGCUAUUCAACGUUCUGCUUUUAUCGCUGAGGCCGAGGAAUCAACUGUUAUUGAACCCACCCAUCUAGAGCGCGUAUUGCCGCAACUCCUUUUGGACUUCUGAGGUACCACAGGGUGCUUCCAAAUCCAUUUAUUUGGGCUGCAUCACACCACUGGCGUAACAAGAUGAAGAUGCCCAAUGGCCUAUAGUUUUUGUACGAAUGCUUCGGCUUAAUCAUGUGGCUGAUUAAUGCCUACAACACACGCAGCUUCUACGUCCGCUGAACUUGGCAAGAGGAAACGGUUGGAUCCAGAUGGUUAAUCAGGGAAGCAGACCGGCUAUGUCAGCAGAUGCUCUUAGCUGCAUGUCUAGUCCGUAGCUUCAAGAAACUUGGGCUAAAAAGUGUGUACUUUGGUGAUGUAUCUUUCUGAAAUAGUAGUAACUUGCCUUAAGAAGUUACAGAUGCAGGUAUCGAUUA